CACACACGUACCCCUAGCUAGCUACGCCAUUGGCUGCGCUCGACCGCCGUUGUCGUUCAGAGCGUCCUCAAACUUACAGGUUAUUAUAGAACUACCCCAGCCUACAGUAAAAUAUAACGUUUCAUUCACAGUUCAGGUCGGGAGCAUCAAAUUUUCGUUCGGACUCUGUCAGCAUGCAGAUAUUUGUGAAGACUCCGAUGGGCAGUACCAUCACUUUGGAUGUGGAGGCCAGUGAUACCAUUGAGGCUGUCAAGUAUAAAAUUCAAGACAGGGAGGGAAUACGACCAGACAAACUAGUACUCAUAUUUUCUGGUCAAGCUCUGAAAGAUGGACGGACCCUGAUUGACUAUAACAUUGAGAAUCAUUCUACUAUUUUCUUUUUUCUUCGGUUGUCGGGGGGGGUAGAGCGGGAUUUUUGGUGAAGACAAUGACAGGCCAGACCAUCAAUAUGUAUUUCGACCCUGAUAACACUAUUGAGGAUGUGAAGUCUGAAAUUCAAGACAGGGAGGGAAUACCACAAGACCAACAACGACUACUAUUCAAUGGUAGAGAGCUGGAAGACAGACAGACCCUGGGUAACUCUAACAUCCAGGCUCAAGACACUCUUCAUUUGCUCUCACUCAGCAGAGAAGCAUUUGCACACGCCAAGAUAGAAGUUCAUCCAGAAGAGCCACUAACCUAUGACUGGAAAGGACAUGGGUUCAAAGUCGACAUUCCAGCUGGUGCCAUCAGUAGCAGAGGUCCAGCGACGAUGUACAUCCAGGCCAGUCUCAAGGGAGAUUAUCAGUUUCCAGAUGAGGGCGUCCUUGUCAGUGGAGUCUACUCUCUCUCCCUCUAUCCUCCCCGUGGAGAAAUUUGACAAAAACGUCGCUAUCACCCUCCAGCACUGUGCCUGUGUGGAUGAUGAUGAUGAAGAAGCAGCACUGUCCUUCUACACUGCCAAAGACACGCCACCUUACAUCUUUGAGCGUCUACCAAGAGGAUCCUUCUCUGAGUCUGGAGAGGCUUCCAUCGAUGUUAGCCACUUCUGUUGGCUCACAUUGUUAGGAAAAAGCCACUUAAAUACGCCAUUUGCACUUACUAUGUGCCAAAGCAGCUCAACAUACACGAGGCCCACAUAACAGUCACUCUAAAGAAAGAGCUGCUCAUGGAGAAGGUAAGACAGCUGUAUAAAGGAGCGAAGGGCUGAAGAAGGUCCAGUAGUCCCAAUGGUAAAGUUGAUGUCUGGUAAAGAGCAGAUCACGCUGGACCUGGACACUUCGGAGGAGACCUGGAGCAAAGAUGGUUGGAGUCUGUGUCCUCUCUCCUCUUUCUGUAUCCCAAAAGAAGCACUGGAUGACUAUGAUGGAGGACAAGCAGUCCCAGUCUUUCAACUGCAGCUGAAAAUGAUACCUUCUCUCACACCCACUGCUCUUGUCCAGAGAGUGGGAUUUGUAGGAGUCACACCUAAAGACAGCUUCGUUACUAUCACCAAGGAACCAAGGACAGAGGCUCUGUCCAGUCAGAGAGUGGACACGGAAAUGUCUGAGGCAGAGAGUGUAAACAGCAGCAGCAAAGAGCCAGCCAGUCAUUUGCCAGUGAUACCUGCCCCAGCUCGUCCUGUGGUCCCUCCAAAAUCCAGGGACAUCUCCAAGUCUGUUGCAUCAAGAGCUCUCACGAGGAGCUACGAACGUUUCAUAGACAGUGUUGACCCUGACAGUCUUGUGCCAGUGCUCUACAGCAACAUGCUGCUUACUCGCGAAGAGCGUGAAAGGGCCACACAGACAACAGAAACAGCCAACCAAAGACUUCAAGUCAUUUUAAUGGCACUGGAGCGACGCAUUUCUGCCGAUCCUAAUGUAUUUCACACACUGUUGACAGCUCUCAUGACAAAGCCAGCACUGGAAGCAGUUGGACGUGAGAUGAAAGCGAUAUAUGAUGAUGAACAGUGUGGAACUCAGCAGCAACAACAGCCAAACCCCUGA